UUUUUUUCUUUUUUUUUUUUCUGGAAAAUGAUUUUUUAUUUCCUCAAUCUGAAUUUGAAAGGGAAAAAGGACGGAAAAAGAAGACGAAAUAGCACCAAAUACCGAACAGAGUUUCCCUAUUCAGUCGACAGUCCAUCUCAGACCGGCGGAAAGGCAACUCGCAUCCGGCGAGGCUAAUUUGGUUUAACGACCAAAGCUUCAAAGAGGGAGUCAUCAAUGGCUAAACGAAGAGGCAGACCUAAAAAACAAGUGAGUGACAAAGACAAUGGCAAUCAAGAUGGAGUCGAGGUACAGAAGGAUGAAGAUGCAUUUCAAGGUCAUGAAGUUGAACGUCAAAGUGCCGCAAUCAGGGCUAUUCGUGAUGUGGAGAUUGAACAAUUGCUGACUAUGUUGCGGCUACUCAAAUCCAACUUCAGCAAGGACCAAUUGCAGGUUCCCGUGCUGCAGUUUUUUAGGGAAAACUUUCCGAACCUAUUAAUUGAUGAAUCUGGUGAAGCUAAAUGGAAAAACGAACUGAACAAUGCUGAUGAAAGAACACUGCAUGCUUCUCUUUUACGUCGGCUGUCGAUGGCUUAUCCUGAUUACUCUUCUGCUGGAAUCGCUUCUAUGGCCGGUGGCUUUGAGUUCUCAAAUAAAUCUGUUAAAACAAGCAUUUUUGGUGCUGAUAAACUGCAAAUCAGGAGUCUUGUCUUUGAAGAGCCACCUGAUGCACUCUUGAAGGAUGGAGGCAUGCAAACUCCAAAUGUGAAUAAUAAUCGGUUGUCUGUUGGAGUAACACCCAAAACCGUAAGGCUUCCAAAGUGUGGUGAGGUUCUUCUUUCUGUGCACGGUUCGCCUCUUGGAGUUUAUAAGGAAGAUAACAUGGAAACUAUACAAGUGAAAAGGGUAAUUGAUUGGGGGUUUAUGGAUCUAGCGAUGAGAGAAAUUAGCCGGGAAGCAGAACAGUUUACCACCGCCGCCGGUGGUGGUUCGAGGAUUCCAGAGGCGGCGAUUGCCAUCGGGGACGAUGAGAUCUCCGACUCAAAUGUAAAGCCAAAUGCUUUGGACGAGGCUGCGAAAAUGGAGGUUGUUGGAGAUGAACGGCGCUCGUCUUUUGUGAUCGACAUCAAGAGGGACAGUCAGAGAAUCUGCAGAAUAUGCCAUUUGAGUGCCAAGGAGAGCGGGAAGACCUCGCCUGAGUUAAUCGAGCUCGGCUGCGGAUGUAAAGGGGAGCUCGGCGUUGCCCAUUCACAUUGUGCCGAGGCGUGGUUUAGGGUGAAGGGGAACAGAUUGUGUGAAAUAUGUGGCGAGACUGCCAAGAAUAUCACGGGUAUAAAUGAUGCUGGAUUUAUGGAGGAGUGGAAUGAGAGUCGAUCGGCCGAUACUUUUAGUAGCUCUCCCGAGGGCAAUAGAAGGUGUUUGCACGGGCAGCCCUUGUGUAAUUUCUUAAUGGCGUGUUUGGUAAUAGCUUUUGUUUUGCCGUGGUUUUUCCGCGUAAACAUGUUUUAGCCGUACAGUUUAGCUUAAAUCUGCAAAAGCAUUGGCGCAGAUCCAAACAGAAUAUUGAUUGAUGUACCAACAUGAACCACAUUUUUUGUUGGCAAUUGAUUUGCAUUGUCCAAUGGGAGCCUAUAAUUUUUAUUUUUGUUGGUUGAGUGA